CGUACAACCUCCGAGCGCCAGGGGGCGCUGAAGCCGCUCCUACGCAUCCGUCUAGUCUCUCGCAGAUCUCGCGACGAUUUGGGUCGGGCAAAAAUCGCGUGGCACGCACGCCGGAGGAAACGCCAGGACCGAGCCACGCCCCAACUUCCUAAAGUCUCGCGCGAGCUGCUUCUCCGGCCUUUUGGCUUUCAGAGGGGGAUCAUGGCGGUGGGCAAGAAUAAGCGCCUCACCAAAGGCGGCAAAAAAGGAGCCAAGAAGAAAGUGGUUGAUCCAUUUUCCAAGAAGGAUUGGUAUGAUGUAAAAGCACCAGCUAUGUUCAACAUUCGCAAUAUUGGCAAGACACUGGUGACGAGGACUCAAGGAACAAAAAUUGCCUCUGAUGGUCUCAAGGGUCGAGUCUUUGAAGUAAGCCUUGCUGAUUUGCAGAAUGAUGAGGUUGCUUUUCGGAAAUUCAAAUUAAUUACUGAAGAUGUUCAGGGUAAAAAUUGUUUGACCAAUUUCCAUGGAAUGGAUCUUACCAGGGACAAAAUGUGCUCCAUGGUCAAAAAGUGGCAGACUAUGAUUGAAGCCCAUGUUGAUGUCAAAACCACCGAUGGCUACUUGCUCCGCCUCUUUUGUGUUGGUUUUACCAAAAAGCGCAACAACCAGAUCCGUAAGACCUCUUACGCCCAGCACCAACAGGUCCGUCAGAUUCGUAAGAAAAUGAUGGAAAUCAUGACCCGAGAGGUGCAGACAAAUGACUUGAAAGAAGUUGUCAAUAAACUAAUUCCAGACAGCAUUGGGAAAGACAUAGAAAAGGCUUGCCAAUCCAUUUACCCUCUCCAUGAUGUAUUUGUUCGAAAAGUCAAGAUGCUCAAGAAGCCCAAAUUUGAAUUGGGAAAACUAAUGGAACUUCAUGGUGAAGGUGGUGGCUCUGGAAAACCUUCAGGAGAUGAAACGGGCACAAAAGUUGAAAGGGCUGAUGGCUAUGAACCACCAGUUCAAGAAUCUGUCUAAGAACUUUUAAAGGUUGAAAAAUAAAAAUUUAUCAUUGUGA